GACACCCGCUCCCACGGAGAGAGAGUGUCCUGUGCUCUUCUGGCUCACGAUUGACCCACCCAGCUUCCUGCACAGAUUGUUGUUCUGGGUGGCUUCUGCUUCACCUGCAUCCUGGAGACACACCUUUCCGCAAGGACAAUUCUUGCCUAGGAGUCACUCUCUAGAGCAACUAAGCUGGGAUUGCAAAGAACGUUUUUAGCGAUGUGAGGAUUUUGCUAUGCAUUAAAUAAUGACAGAGGUAAAGUGAAAAAUGCCACGCCACUGGUGGUACAAGGCGGAAGUAACCAUCCUGAUUCUGCUGGGAUUCACUGGCCUCCUCAUCCUUCUCCAAAAUAAUGAUAACAGCCACAUCUCAAAAGAGUUGAGAGAAACCUCGAGCCCAAUCCCACCCAUCGUCACCAAAGCCACCAAAGCCAUUACUGAGUGCCGGGAGAAUGUGUCCAUGGCCAACAUCUCUGGCUUUGCCCAGUUGCCGGACCACAUCAAGGAUUUCUUGCGGUAUAAACAUUGCAAAGAAUUCCCGCUGCUUCUGGAUCUGCCGGAUAAAUGUGGUGGCCCGGAAGCCUCCCACGAGGUCUUCUUGCUCUUGGCCAUCAAGUCCUCACCCGGCAAUUAUGAGCGGCGUGAGAUCAUCCGCAAGACGUGGGGGCAGGAACGGACCUAUGCUGGAGUCCAUAUUCGGAGGGUCUUCCUCUCUGGGAUGGUACCCAACGCUCGUGAGGCUUGGAAGCUGCACAAGCUCCUGAAGAUUGAGGCGGAGGAGAAUGGAGACAUCCUCCAGUGGGGCUUCCAUGACAGUUUCUUCAACCUGACGCUCAAGCAAGUCCUUUUCCAUGCCUGGAUGGAGGCCCGGUGUCCUGGCGUCCGCUUUGUUUUCAACGGAGACGACGACGUCUUUGCCAAUACGGACAAUAUCAUCCAUUACUUGUUGAGUGUCCCGGGGGCAGGGGACCAACACCUUUUUGUGGGUCAACUCAUUGCAAACGUGGGCCCCAUCCGUGAAAAGUGGAGCAAGUAUUAUGUGCCAGAGCAAGUGACUACCUCCAAGACCUACCCGCCUUACUGCGGUGGGGGUGGUCUUCUCAUGUCCGGCUACACUUCCCGGACAAUCUAUGAGAAAUCUCUGGGGAUCGAGCUCUUCCCCAUUGAUGAUGUGUACCUUGGGAUGUGUCUCCAGAAGGCGGGUCUGUCUCCCUCCUCCCACAUGGGCAUCCGGACGGUGGGCGUGAGGAUCCCCUCCUCCAAACUGGAGUCCUUUGACCCCUGUUACUACAAGGAGCUUUUGCUGGUCCACCGGUUUGUGCCUUAUGAGAUGCUGGUGAUGUGGAGAGCGAUCCACCAGCCAGACUUGGUCUGUGGGAAGAGAGUAGAGAUCUACCAGAGUCUCUGAGGAAUCAUUGGUUGGGGAGGGAUAAAAAAGGUGGUAGUGGGGAAGUGAAGUCUGGAAUGGAGGGUGAGAACAGACCACGUGCAUUCCUACUGGCCUCUAACAUGCAGGUAGUAAUGUCUCGUCUGCCUCAGUUGAGUCUCUUCCCCGGUGCUCAAAAGUGAUUGAAAGUGAUUGAAAUCCAAGUGCCCAGGAAAGUGUGUUGUAGCUAAGGGCGGCUGGUGGUUUGCUUGUUUUUCUCAGGAUAACUUUUUAAAAAUGCAAGCUGACCGCAUGACAGGACUCUGAUGGUUCUCUCCAAGAUAAAUUAGACUCCUUUUGCAUCAUUAUUGACUCCCCCUCUGGUCUUGCAAGGUCAUGCCAGGGCUGAAGUCUCCACAAAAGCAGUGUGCUCAAAAGCAAUGAAUGAGGCUGCUCACAUCUCAGGAAUCCUGUCCAGCAGUGUCUAACUUCUCCAGGACUUCUUUCUGUUUGACUGGCUGGGCCUAGGAUGGACAUGGACCUUGCCUUUGAACUGAGGACUCCUCUCUAGUGUGGCUUCUUCUGGGCAUAAAGAUCACCACUGUGGUUUGGUUCCAGACAACCAUGAUGCUCUCCAUUUUUCCUUUUGGCUGGUCUUUGGAGCCAAGCAGGAGGAGGCAAUGAUGGUGCCUAGCUGCAUUCACACAUGCCAUGUUGGUGAACUCUGGAUCUGAGCCAAGCCAUCAUUUGGCCGGGCAACCAGCCCCAGCCCCGUGCUCGGACAGGCCCUGCGCUCAUUGGCCAAGCAGCUUGCUCUCCUCAGCUGGCAGCGCCAGGCCCAACCCACACCAUCAGGGCCGUGGCUGCUUUUCUCACAACCGGAGCCCAGAGACUGGCUGCCACAUCCACGCGGAGAGGAGGUGUGUGGUGCAGCCUGCUCACCCUCUCCCCGCCCCCCCCCACCUCCAGCUGCUUUCUCCACUCUGCCUCUCU